CUAGAUCAAGAAAAUUAGUUGAAGCAUAUAAUUUAGAUAUAUCUGUCACAAAAAGUCUGAAACUUCCGAAAUUAGAAAAAAAAAACCAAGCAGAAACUUCUGAAGUUGGAAAGAUAGUGGAAACAGGACUUCAAA